CGGGCCCGGGAGGAUGCGGACGCGCUGACGGAGCUGCCGGCUCCCCUCUGCCGCCGUGCAUGGGCGGCGGGCGGCUGCCGCCUCGCCUCGCCUCGCUUCGCCUGCCCCGCCGGCACGCUUUGCAUUCGGCAGAGUUUGCACGACGUGAGCGCCUGCAGCAAGGACAGUUCUUGGAAGGGACACUCGUUGAUGUGAUUGAAGCAUGACAGAGGUGAUGAACACACGGGAACCAGUGAUGGAGGAAUUUGCUCUCAGCCAGACUCCUGAGGAAGAGGGAGGCCCUUCAAGCCAGGCUUUCCCAGACUCACGUGAGAAGUACCCCAAGCUGUCCAAGAGAUUGCCGUCCAUUGUGGUGGAGCCAACUGAGUCCGGGGAGGUGGAGAGUGGGGAGCUGCGCUGGCCCCCCGAGGACCUGAAGUCAGCAGAGGACAAGGGGCUUCAUGGUGACCAAAGAGUCUGUGUCCAGAAGCAGCAGCAGCAGCAGCAGAUGGAUCUGGAAGAUACUGCAGUGCACUCAGCUCAAGAAGGGGAAGACAGUACAGAUGCUCUGGAAAGCAGAACUGAAGAGGACGAGUAGGGACCCCACGGCCUCAGAAGUGAAACUUCAUCGUGAAUGUUGUUGGAAAGCUAACACACUCUGAAGACAUGUCAAAGUAAUCUGUAUUUAAAUCUGCAAGGGUUUUAUUUAGUUAGUACCUGGUAAGAAGCAUCUGGGCUUUAGAACUGUUCUUUUCAACAUUUUGAUUUUUCAGGCUGGGAUUCAUAUUCUUUGUUUAGUUUUUGCUUGGGAAGCAAUGGGAGGCGUUAGGAAAUGCGAGAUUAUAGAGGGGAAAAUGCUCCUAAUUUCAAUUAACUCAUUUCACUGGGUUUACCUUUUCCAAGCAAGGCUGCUUUCAGGUAUUGACAGCAGGACAAAGGGAUUUCUCUAGGAGGGAUGUCUUAAAUCUAAAACCUUUCUUGUUUUUAGCCAUUUAAAACUAGCACUGUGAUACUAUGGACAAUAGAUGUAAUAUAACGUCACCAUUUGUAACUUUUGUAUAGAGACACGAGUGUCAGAUUUGCCUCCAAGCUGCCAGCCUGGAGCAGCCCGGAGCAGUUCUCUCCCUUUAGGCUAAUCUGUGCAAAUUUGGAUGAACCAGCCUUUUCUUAGCCACCUUUUCCAGAAGGCUCCUGCCUUUGAGAAACGCUUUCUCGCUGUACAUUGACGAAGCGGAGUAGCUAGUCGCUGGUGUUUGUGGAGUGAGGUUGUCUGUUGUAGGCUUGGUCGGGUGGAUCGUGCUGUUUGUGCACUCUUCAGAGGCCCAGGUCCAGGGCUGGAUUUGUCCCACCUUGUUGAUAGAAAUUGUUGUGACAGUUCUUCUUUCGGUAUGUUUUGUGCAUAAGGUAGGUGCAGAGGCCCAGGUGUUCCUCCCUCAACGCGAGCCGGGUGGUGGUUUGGAGCACAGCCCAAAAGCUGGCCUCCAUUUUGCCUGACACCAGGUUCCUCCUUGAGCCAGCCAUGGUGGGAGGGGGUGGAGGAAGGCUGAGGUGGUGGGACACAUGCCUCCUGCCCCGUGGCACUGCUGGCAGGAACGGCCCUCACCCACGGCACGGCCCAGUGGCACUGCCGGCAGGAACGGCCCUCACCCACGGCACAGGCCCCUCGGCCUUGGUCGCAUGGCCACCUCUCAGAGACCAGAGCUCACGGUGGGACAAGCUGUGUCUGGACACCUUGGGCCUCCAGUGGGUUUUCCAUGGGGAUUUGGGGGGCCAUUUUAACAGGGCUCAAAAUCCCCCCAACCUCCCAGAGGCUCCUUCCCACCGUCCCAUGGGAAGCACCCAUCUCGGCCCCAAAACACUGCCCUUUGGACAGCGCUGGUGGAGACAGAUAAUACAUGUACUCGAAAGGGUUUGACUGCGUCAGUGACGAGUGUCUCCUAAGCUAUGAAGCUGACUUUCUCCAUCUCUGCAGGGCUGGAUGGGGUCUGUACUUCCAAUUAACGUUGCAACCGGAAGAAGCCACUUGCUGUAGGUGGAACAAAAUAACAGGAUCUCUUCCAGCGUUAACUCCUAAGUUGACUGCCAAGUGCUUUCUUUCCUCUAGUAAUAACCUUCUUUAAUGGUGACUUUUAAUUGUGUGGUGGUGGAUGAAAUUUAUUGCCAGGUGUAUUCAUAAGUUUAUACCUUCUUAGCAACCAAAUUUAAUAUAUUUACUUACAAAGAAUUCUGUGCAAUGAAUGUUUAAUACAAAGGAAAGAGACUAUUUUACUUCAAAGCAACACUGAUUUAUGUACAAAACUAUAGCUCGUUGUUCCGGGUGUUUGGGAUCUAGGACCCUUUUUAUAAAGCAGUGUAGUAUAGUAUAAAGUGAUAUGUUGAACUUUGCUCUCUCAACCUAUAUAUCAAUCUGGUUUGCCUUCUGGAUGUAGACUUUCUUACCUACACCGCCACAGAAUUCUUUUGUUGGAUCUGUGGGAUUCUGGUCACAGCACCGAAUCCCACCAGAAGGUUUCAAGAGCACCUCCUAAGUCUGGCUGCUGUCCCCAUCACCCCUUUCACUGGUGACAGUUUCCUGGUAGGGCCAACGAAGCGAGAAGCAGCUCAAGCUGCGUGUUUGUGUAGCACAGGCUGGAGCUGGUCGUGGCGGGAGGCGAGCUGCCGGCCGGCUGGAUGCCACUUGCUCUUUAAAUGCUGCUUUUCCUUCAACCACCAAGAAGUUCUACAAAGCUCUGGGGGUGUCUGUGUGUGGGGGGGAAAUAACGUUGGUGACGACAUAUUUUUAGCUGUGUGAUUUCCUUUCAAUCUGCAUCUGCCCAGCUCCGUGAGGAAUGACGUUAGAUGUAUCACUUAAUUUGCUUCUCGCUUUUAUAAAAGGAAAACCAGUCGUUUGAAACACUUCCCCCAAUUUUAUGUGCUCUCUAUCUGCUUUCAGACACUCCCUCCCUUCCUGCUCUGGAUGGCCCUUAUCCUAUUUCCACCUGAGGUCAAUGGCACUUCCCUAAAUAAGUUUCCCAAAGAAACAACAAAUUUCUACAUACACCCUGAAAAAAAACUGCCCUGCAGCGCUACUUUGUUUUCCACCCUACUACAUAAAGCUACAGCCCAUAUAAAAAUGCCAGGUUUCCUUCUUCCAGCCUAAUUACUCAUCCCUUUUUCCUUCUUUUGCCCUGCUCCCUUGAAGGAUUUUACCUGAAGCAAACGGCUGUUUCAAACUAAAGCUGCCUCCUAAAGCUGCGUGGCCUCAGUCUAACAACGAUGCAAAGCCAAACUCCUCCUCCCAUUUUUAUUUUCCUGAACGUGGGCCAGAAGCCCUAAAAUAGGAGAGCAAGAUAGAGAGAAAAACUGUUUUAUACAAACAAGCCCUAUUUAUUCAACUUGCAGGUCUAUGAAUGUCCACUUACUUUGUCUGUGUUGCAAGUGUUGUGUCUCCAAUAAACCCAAUAGGUGUUUUGUAUUUUUUCUGGAUUAAAAGCUUUGUAGAAACUAAAAAGCGGGGGGGAGAAAAAAAGACAUUCAGUCAUAUUUUUCUAGUCUGGCUUGUAGAAUAUUUCAUGUAGUGCAGAGAGGAAGUUUUAUGGAGUAAGACAUUGUUGGAUUUUUGCUCUAUUUCAGUUCUUUCUAAUUUUGUAAAAUGCCACCUGUACAUAGUACUCAACUGAUGUAUGUCCUGUAGAUGUAUGACACCAUUUAGCCUAUUAAAUGCCUAUACUG